AUGUUCAGCUCAUCCUCCGCAAAGGCCCACAGUGCCAAUUUGAUUAGCAAGCUCACGGCGUCCAUCCACACACCGGAAACUUCUUCCUCGAAGAAGCCUGUGAGUUCGACAGAGCUUUUGGCAUCGCAGUUUUCUCAGCCUAGAUCAAAAAAAACUAUCAAAAAGCGUAACAAGACCAUCCAGAAAAAACAACUAAAAGACGCUAAAGAACUCAAACGUGUCAAAUACGAGCUCAUAAGGAGUAAGGCCCCUGCCACAUUGCCUCAAGAGCACCAAAAAUACUUAAAGAAACUAGUGAAAAGAAACAAGAACAUCAUCCUUGCCAAUGACCCCGAUCCUACGAUGGAAGAUUUUUCAACUGAUGCGUUACAAUCAGAAAUCUUAUCAUUCCACAAACCAGCCCCCAAGAAGUCAAACAAGUUCCGCACCUUCAAGAAGAAGAGCGUGCCGGGAUUGACCCCGGGCUUGGCUCCCGUGGAUUAUGAGUCUGACUCCGAAUAA